AUGGUCUUGGGUCAAAGUGAUUGGUCAGGAAAUUAUACAGCUCAAAUACUACGUACCAACUCAACUUAUGAUAGAGGAACAGAAGAAAAUUUUGUAGUUGCCCCACAAUGGACCAUUCCCAACUUUUGGUAUCACUACACUCAGCACUUUACUGAUUCUUCGGAAGCAAGUACCGCGUACACAGCAACAGAUUCUUCCGUUGGGUUUGUUUUUGUUGAUACAUAUAUAUUAUCUGAUUCGUUCCCCCAUACAAACAUCACUAAAUUGCACUGGGAUGCAACAAAAAACACUAUUGCAGCUGCAGUACAAAUAUACGAUUGGGACGGUUCCCUUGUACAUAUAACAUGUGGCUCUGGAUCGGGAAGCAGUUUAUUUGGCAGAAUGAAUACAGAUGAUUUCGUUGUUCACAUGAAUCGUGCUGGAUUUUGUCACCAUACACUUACCCAGAAAAAAUUCACAACUGAGUUUGUGGAUGGAUAUACGGGCUCAGUUAUGGAAACAUAUUCUAAAUCUAGAAAUGUUCGAGAAAGAACUUUAUUGAAAAGGUUCAAUGUUUUUCAAACAUUACCAGAGAUUUCUUUCGUUGAGGUGCCUCCAUGGAAGCCAGAUUCUCCAAUGGAAAAUGACUUAUUUAUACGAAUUGAAAAGUAUUCAAUAGUAGAUAAAGAGCUAAAUGAUGAUGACCGAAAAAUGUUAGCAGAUUCUUUAAGAUGUGAAAUUGAAUAUAAGUUACGGAGCAUUUUUCAGAAAUACGAAACAGAAACAGAAAACACAGCUAUAGCUGUUACGUGCACUUAUGGUAUUACAGCAUAUUGA